GGAUGGGCCAGUCCGCGUCAACAGCCCUUCGCCGUACUUUACGGUUCUGAUCGGUUGUUGGGCGCUGACAAGCUACUAACGACCAGAAACGUCCUCCCGGAUAACUUCCCGGACCUUGUCAAAGACGAUCUCGACUGGGGGAGUUCGCAAGAAGAGGCAUUUGAGAAGGCACUUUUGAGCAUUUGCACAAACCCUCGAUUUCAGGCUACGGAGCUAGAGUUCGUCACCAAGAAGAUAACUGAUGGGCAACGUGGCUUUCGCAUGGUUAAAGAUUACCGCGCCACUUUCAGGGUCGAGUUAUAG